AUGUCUAUUAGUACUGCAACAUCAGGAGCACUAUUUUGUAGUGGCUUAACAAUUAUUUUAUGUCUUUAUGGAAUCAUAACAAUUCAAAAUGAUGUUGCAUCAUUAAAAAGUCAAAUUGACAAUGAAAUUGAUACAUUUAAGGUUUUAACUGAUGAUAUUUGGGGAAAUAUGGUAAAUCUUGGAGCUGCAUCUCCUCAAAACAGACAACGUCGUCAAACAUAUGGUGGUUAUGGUGCCACUGGAACUAAUACUGGUUAUGGAGGAUAUGGAGGUUCAGGUUCACCAGUUAAUCCAACCGCACAUACACCUUCAGGACAUUUCCCACCAAUAACACCAGGAAGUCAAGAACAAGUUCCAGGAGGUUCACAAUGUCAAUGUUCUGCUAUAAAUAAAUGUCCAGCAGGACCAGCAGGACCUAAAGGAGCACCAGGUUUGGAUGGUCUUGAUGGUUUACCAGGAAAAGAUGGAAUUCCAGGAGAAGAUGCUACUGAUAUUGAACAAUCACCACCACAAGGAUGUUUCCAUUGUCCAGCUGGACCACCAGGACCACCAGGAGCUACAGGACAACAAGGAGUACGUGGAAUGCGUGGAACUAGAGGACAACCAGGAUUCCCAGGAACUGAUGGAGUACCAGGAACACCAGGUGAAUGUGGACCAAUUGGAGCACCAGGACAAGAUGGAAAACCAGGUGAACCAGGUGAAAAAGGAAAAGAUGGUGAAAAACCAAUUCCAAGAAAAGGAUUACGUGGACUUCAAGGUGAAAUGGGACCAAUGGGACCAGAAGGUGAUCAAGGACCAGCAGGAGAACCAGGAGCACCAGGAGCACCUGGAGUACCUGGAAUUAAAGGAUUUACUGGAGCUGUUGGAGCUGAUGGUCCUGAUGGAUAUCCAGGAGCACCCGGUAAACCUGGUCCAGAUGCUAACUAUUGUCCUUGCCCAUCUCGUUCUGAUUCAGGUACUGGAAAUGUUAGUGCUUAUAAAAAGAGACGUCUCUAG